AGCACAAGUCAAGUCUCAUGGAUUUCAUCCAUCAACGCAUCCUUUAUAUAUGCAGGAGUUAUAUGUCCUGACUUGACUCGUGUGCAAUCUGGUUAAGAAGGGUAAGCAAAUUUUAAAAUUAGGAUGGAUGUUUUGCACGGCUUGCUGGGAAAUAUUAUCAACUUGCAGAAUUAUGGGUAAUUUGGAAUUAGGAAUACAAAUGACUGGUCCAUGUGCUAUUUAUUUUUUAAUCCAGUUUGUCAGAGAUGCAUUGCCUUUAGCUCACACAGCUCUUUUUAUUCUCCCUUUUGGCUUUUCUCUUUUUGAUGCAUCUUUGUAUUAUUUAUUGUAUUAUCUAACGUGAAAAGCAAUGGAUUAGGUGAAGCAUGAAUUAAACAAUGCCUGAAUAUGAAUUAAACUAAGCAUUCAAGGGUUUGAAUUAGCAAUUGCACAUGCAGUUUAUGUCCAAAUUAUAAGAAGUUUAAGUUCAAGUUUAUUUCCACAGUGAUUUUUACAAUAGACAUCGUCCAAGCAUCUUUUCAGAACUUAAGAGUUAAAGUGAAUGAUGUGUGUUUAUCCCUUAUGAGCAGCCUAGAGCAACUGUGGCAAAGAAAAACUCCCUUAGAUGUUAUGAGGAAGAAACCUUGAGCGGAACCAGACUCAAAAUAAGUCAAUCAUAAAUGGGUAUAAUGUCCAGUUUUUUGGUACUUUAUGUAUAUUGUAUGACCCCAUCUUUUGAUUGUCCCUAACUAAGAUAGCCUUUCAUAAAAUAUUUUAAAAGAGUUAAAGAGUAGUAGUGGGAUGGAGACCUGCCCCUAAAAGUAGCCAAAAUAUCCAAAGCACCACAUGUACUGUACAUCUAGCAAUCCAGUAGCCAUAACCCUCAUUAAGUGGCAUUGCCAUGCUGGAUCAGAAAUUGCUAAUACAGUAUGCCUUAUAUUAGAUCCUGCAUAGACACUCUUUUAGAAGACCUGUAUAUUAUGUUAUAUUGUGUUUAUUAAAUUUUGUUUUAUAUUUAAUUGUUGAUUGUUACUCAGUGAUGCUGUUCAAUAAACAAAGCAUUACAGAGUUUUAUAAACCAACAGUAAUUUUUAAGACAUUUUUCUACUCAAACAUCCUCUUAACCAAGCAUAUUAUCUGAAAAGGUUGCUUCUGGUUAACAACCCAUACAUUAAUGAUCCCUCUCCUGGAGUUUUCUCGAAAUUAAGCCUCUAGCCAAUUUCUUUGAGACUUUAUGUCAGCUUGCUUAGAAUUAUUAAAUGAUCAGAGCAAAUGACAAAAUGGUCUCCUCUUAAAGACUUAAUGGGCCAACUGGCACCCUCCUCUUGAAUUUAUGGACCAGAAGGGUUUUCUUAAAGGCAGGUUCUCUUCACACAUUAAACUAGUUCAAUUGAAUUACAUUUGUUAUAGCACCUUUAACAAUAGACAAACCAGAGGCAACAGUGUCAAGAAAAAAAACAAAACAAGAUGACAUGGAAAAAACUCAAAAGUGACUCUAAAGGGAACAUAUUCUUUACUAGGAGAAACCAUACGAGUUUUCCUUUAAUUAUGGUCUUUCUGUAUCUUAUUGUAUUAGCUUGUUUAAUCAGUUCAUUUCCUUAUCUUAUUAUCCACAGGUCCAAUUAGCAGUAUCCUGGUUAAUAAGUAUGGCAGUCGUCCAAUAAUGAUAUUAGGGGGUUGCCUCUCAGGAACUGGACUCAUUGCUGCAUCUUUCUGCAACACAGUGGAGGCUUUGUAUUUCUUUGUUGGUGUGAUGGGAGGUCUGGGACUGGCAUUCAAUCUCAAUCCAGCCCUAAUCAUGAUUAGCAAAUAUUUUUACAAAAGAAGGCCGUUUGCUAAUGGUAUUGCCAUGGCUGGUACCCCAGUAAUUAUGUCCACUUUAGCUCCUCUUAGCAGCUGGUUUUAUAACCAGUUUGGUCUGAGGGGUAGCUUUCUAAUCUUGGGUGGGAUUCUACUGAACUGUUGCGUAGCUGGAUCUCUCAUGAGGCCUAUUGGGCCAAAACCCAAACCUGCUGCAAAGGAGGUUAGUGAUGAUGGAGAGAAGAAGACAUUAAUGGAGACUUUCAAUAGUUUAAUUGAUCUGUCUCUUUUUAAACAUCGUGGAUUUAUCCUGUAUGUCAUCGGCAAUACUUUGCUCUUCUGUGGUAUUUUCACCCCACUGGUAUUCCUCAGUAACUAUGCCAAGACGAAGAAUAUUUCGAACGAAAAGGCUGCAUCAUUGCUUUCAGUGCUGGCCUUUGUUGACAUGGUGGUGCGGCCAUCCAUGGGAACAGUAGCCAACACGAAAUGGGUGCGACCCAGGAUACAGUAUUUCUUUGCAGCUUCAGUUCUGUUUAAUGGUGUGUGCCACUUGCUUGCCCCCCUUGCACUGGAUUAUUCAGGGUUUGUUAUCUAUUCAGCUUUCUUUGGGUUUGGGUUUGGGUGGCUGAGUUCUGUGCUGUUUGAAACCUUAAUGGAUUUGGUGGGACCCCAGCGUUUCUCCAGUGCUGUCGGUCUGGUCACCAUCUUGGAGAGUGUGCCAGUGUUACUUGCCCCACCCUUGCUAGGAAAAUUUAAUGACAUCUACCAUGACUACAAAUACACUUACAUAACUUGUGGAAUACUCCUGUUGGUCGCAAGCAUGGUCCUCUUUGUUGGCAUGGGCAUAAAUUAUAGGCUGUUGGAAAAAGAAGCAAAUGAGGAAGCUAGAAAUUCACACAUCAAAAGGGAAGAAGAAGAAUCCACUCCAGAUGCUGCAAACAAGUAUACUGGGAAUGAGACAACUGUAGCACCAUGAGCACAUAUGAUGCUAAAACUGCAAAAGAUUGUGUAUAAAGUGAGUGAUCAUGUCCAUGAAUUACCUUGCGAAGCUGAAUUCAAAUGAAUUCACUAAAAGAAAAAAAAUGUAUGCAUUUAUGCUGUGUAAAUAAAUAAAUAAUGUUAAAUAACUGUAUUAAUCAACAUUAGUAUUAAUCAACUUUGUUCACAAAUUAAAGUGUGUAAAUGUAAGGAAGUCUUAAAGUAAAAUGAUUGACCUGUUUGUAAAAUGAACAAUAAAUUAGAUUUUUAAAAUAAAAGAUUUAAUUUAAAAAUCAACCAGAAAAAGUGAACUUGUAUUGACUCAAUGCCCUGUAACAGCUCUUCUCUGUAAUAACUGCUAAUUUUAGUAGAAUUAAACAUAAGAGUUCUAAGGGGGGCCAAAAAACAAAAAAAUGUAUAUGUGAAAAAUAACUUUCAAACCAUUAAUUGAAAUAUUCUUCUAAAUUUGCAUAUAUUUUCAUCUAAUUGUCUUAGUUAAUUAAGACAAUUAAGGGUAUUUGCACGUGCAUUUUGAAUUGCUAUGGGGGAAUUGGCUAAAAUUAUUUAAAUGUGAAAGAUUUACCUGUUAAUAACCUAUUGAAAAUUUCUGGCUAUUUGACUAAGUCACAUUG